UGUUGGUAAAGAAGAGCAGAAAUAAUGGAAUACCUUAACAACGUUUCUACCGACUCUGGGCCGACCGCUACCGGAUCGGGAGCGGUGAACAAAAUUCUAUGCUGCGAGUGUGGCGUCCCGAUUGAGCCGAAUGCAACCAACAUGUGUGUGCCGUGCCUUCGCUCGCACGUCGACAUUACGGAAAACAUUCCCAAGCAGGCGGUGAUUUUCUUUUGCCGUAACUGCGAGCGCUACCUGAAUCCGCCCAACGAGUGGGUCCAGUGCACUCUGGAGUCGAAGGAACUGUUGUCGCUAUGCCUGAAGCGCGUCCAGGGCUUGCGCCAGGUGAAAUUGGUGGAUGCCGGGUUCGUGUGGACCGAGCCACACUCGAAGCGCAUCAAGGUGAAGCUAACCGUACACGGCGAAGUGAUGAACGAUGUCGUCCUGCAGCAGGUAUUUGUGGUGGAGUUUACGGUCAACAAUCAGAUGUGCGACGAUUGCCACCGGACGGAAGCGAAAGACUUUUGGCGGUGCAUGGUGCAGGUUCGCCAGAAGGCGGUCAACCGCAAGACACUGUUCUACCUUGAGCAGAUGAUUCUGAAGCACCGGGCACACGAAAACACGCUCGGCAUUAAACCGUCACCGGGUGGGUUGGACUUUUUCUACGCCACCGAUGCCCAUGCCCGUAAGAUGGUGGACUUCCUGCAAGCCGUGCUGCCGGUGAAGGUGACCAGCUCGAAGAAACUCAUCUCGCACGAUAUCCACAGCAACUCGUACAACUACAAGUACUCGUAUGCCGUGGACAUUGUACCGAUUUCGAAGGGCAGUUUAGUUUGCCUACCGAAGCGGUUGGCCCAGCAGCUUGGCCACAUUGCGCCCGUGUGCCUGGUGACGAAAGUGGCCAACGCGAUCCACCUCAUCGACCCACAAACGGCACAGCUGGCCGAGGUACAGAAUAUGGCAUUCUGGAAGACACCGUUCGAGGCGAUCUGCAACCCGAAGCAGAUGAUCGAGUUCGUCGUGAUGGACGUCGAGUUUCGCGAUCAGAAAGCGUUCCCCGGUCAGGGGCCGGUUUCGGUGCGCCACACGUUGGCCGACGUAUGGGUGGUAAAGUCAUCGGAGCUCGGCGUUGACGGCAGCACUGUGCACGUACGUUCGCACCUUGGAAACCUGCUGAAACCGGGGGACACCGUAUUGGGAUACGAUUUGCGUGAAGCGAAUGUAAAUAAUGAUUACUACGAAAAGUUGAGUUCGGACGACGCAGUGCCGAGCAUUUUGAUAGUGAAGAAAUCGUUCGAUAAGACGGUGCGCAAACGGAACCGGAAUUGGAAGCUGAAGCACCUGAACGAGGACAUCGUGCUGGACACGGACAUCGAAAACGACUACAACGAGUUCCUGGAAGAUUUGGAGGAAGACCCGGAGCUGCGGCAGAAUGUGAACAUUUUCAAGGACAGCAAACGGCAGAUAGCGGUCGAUACGAACGACAUGGACGAUCCGUCCGUGCCUCGAAUCACGCUCGAAGAGAUGCUGGACGAUCUAGUGCUCGACGAUGCCGAGAUGGGAGGCAGUUGAGCACACGGGUUUCGGUUUGUUUGCGGGUUGCGUUCCAAUAAAAAACUGGGGGACUGUCCCCACUAGCAACGCCCAGGUUUAUCUUGCUAA